AUGUCCGAGGCGGUGCCAAACGGGUCGGUCCUCUUCCGACGACGGAGGACAGCGGCACAAGUCAUGACACUCUGGGCAGAAUUCCAGCAGCAGACAUGGAAGGGCAAAGACCGCUUCAAAAUCCGGGACCUCUUUGCAGACGAGCGAUGCAGUAAGGGCAUCCCAGAGUUCCCCUCCACCACUGAUAUGGGCAGACGAAUGCCAGAGGCCGAUGUGGAAGAUGCAGCAAGCGAGGUAUCCGAGUGGGAGCUCAGGGAGCGGGAAGGCAGAGCGGAGCUGAGGCGACUCGAGGAGGAGGAGGAGGGUGCCGAAGUCCAGGGCGAGGAGGGCGGUGAAGCUGAGGAGCCAAACGAUGUAGAAUAG